AUGUUUGGGAUGACGGAUAAUCAACAGGUCAUAAUGUCUUUAAUUCUUCAUUUAAUUGGAAUUAAUUUUGGAAUUUGGUGUUGGUAUUUAUUCCCAAAAAAUCCAUACCGACAUGUCAACAGAAGUGCAGAAAGUAUUAUGGUUAAAUUAAAUGACAUUAGUGAACAUAAAAAUUUAAUAUCAUUAAACCCAUCACAAAAAGAUAUAACAAAUAAUCGUUAUCAAGGAUAA